CAAAAUAGUACAGGCUCGACUGUGUCGACAUGUCAGUACCUUGUUUUGUAUUUUUGAAUUAUUUGUUUGACUAUUGUCAACUGCGAAAAACAAGUGUUUAUGGCAUUGUAGAGCUGGUCGGAAUCGACUCAGGCAACUAUGCCUCAGACAACUGGCGCUGAGAGCGCUGCUCUGAUCAAUGAAGUAUCACCAGAGACGAGGUCGAAAAUACGAGUCAUCCACAUCCUCCUGACGCUCUUCACUAUUGGUGUUGUACUUAUGGUUCCACCGUUCGCCGCAAGCGUGCAGCAGAGGGCGACAUGUCUGAUCAGCUGAGCCAUGUCUUUGUAGGGCCAUUUAGGGUGGACAGCCAUGGACAGGCAGCACACAACUCAAAAGGAGAAACAAGCUCUUCGACAGUCUGGGUUAUGAUAGCAACAUCCACAGCCCUGGUAGCCAUGGCAAGCGUGGCGGCCGUUGUCUAUCGUCGGCGCAAAAGAAGCUCUUCCGCACGCCGUCGGGCCAUGGCGGGGCAAUGCCAUCAGCGCAAUAACAGCGCUGGUGACGUGAUCUACAAUGAAUUUGACGCUGAGUCGACCUGUGAUGAGCUUGGUGAGUUUGGCGGUGCUGCUGCCGCGAGGAGUUCAGACACGAUCAGUAUUGGCACGCAGAUGACCCUGAUAGAUGACCUGCAGCACUGCGACCACCUGUCCUGGAAACUGGCCGCUGAGCAAGACUGCGAAGAUGUCUUCUAACUUCCAACCCAGGGACGAACCACUCCGUCACAGCAUGCUGGCAUGCAAUACCUGACGACCGUGUGGUAUGCGCCCUGGAAAGAUAUCACCCAUACAGGUGUUUUGUGUGCGUUUGGUGCGUGUGUGCGCGCGUGCUUUUACUGUUUUAACUGCCAUUGUCCACCUUGUGCACGUGUUGUUUUCAACUACACUGCUUGUAUCAAGUACACUAGACACUUGGUCCUCGUCUAGAACCAUAGUCUGAACUCUUGUCUGUCUGUUUGUGAGAUUGCAAUCUUUGGUCUAGGAAUCACUGACCCUCUGCAUGCAGUACAUCACUUGCUUUUCUGCAGCCUCUUUCUGACCCCACCUGCACAUUUUAAGCUGAAGAUAUAACUAACUGCCCGAGCUUGGUACUGUAGUACUUCACUGUUCUCCCUAGUAGUAAAAUACUGGCACUUUAAUACUCCCUGAUGUUCACUAUGGAAAGCAAAGAAGACUAGAGCCACGUAAAC